AUGCCGCAAGAGCGGUAUCUAUCCCGCUUGCACCACCGUGUUCCGCGCACCUCUCGCUCGCGCCGGCGCGAACACGUGUUUAUUUGUAUGUUUUAUCCUUCGGCGGCUUUAAACCCAGCCCACCCUGACCGCAAAGUGCGCUCCGCCGCCCGCCGCGCCCGCGUCGUCGCCGCCUCUCGCCACCGCUCGAGCCGCACCGACUCACCCGCGAAACUUUGUCCGAAGUCGACGGGCGCGGACGUAUCCCGUAUUAAUAGCCACCGCGAGCGGACACCGCAACCGUACGAGCUCAUACCCAUCGAGUCUCUGACACGCAGAGUCGCAUCACGACCGCGCGCUACGACGCACGCACCUACGAUCCUA